UUUUUUAAUACACAAUAUUUUCUAAGUACAGUGAAUUUUGAAUUUAUGUUUUGCGUUCGUGUGUGAAUUGAAUUGGCAAUGUGAAUUGGCAACAAUAAGUUUGCACAAACCGAAUAGAUGAAUUGUGUGGAAUCCUCGACAACGUUUACAACAACAACUAGCUAAAGUCGUUAGCCGCUCUCUGUAUACAUGUGCAUUUGUAUGUGUGUAUAGAACGCACAAUUAAAGCCGCCGCUACGCUGUUAUUUUUGAUUCGCUGCUAAGCUAUGUCGUCUUGGCCUUAGACGUGGCUUCAGGCUCAGCCGAUGCUCAAGUUCAGCUUUAAACUGAGCGUCAUGGCGCUCCAAACUUGCCACAUGCAGCUGCAGAAACACUAGACGGACAACCAAAUGAGGAUGCAACACGUUGCAACAGUCGCUGCCGCAGCAGACGCAGCAAUUGCUGUCAAUAGAGCAGGUUGACCAACAAAUUUUCCCAACAAACAAACGCAGCAGCAACAAAAACAAAAAAAACACAAGCGCAGCAAAUUAAGCAGCAAACAAAUAUAAAAAACGCAAAAACCACAACAAACAGCAACUUGAAGUGCAGCAGGCGAUCAAUUGGAUCGCGAAAAAGAAAAAAUUAUCAAUCGGCUUCGGCUUUGGCUUUGGCUUCGCGGCAAUGUUACAAAACUCGAAUGUGGCAGCGACGCCGCCGCCGCCGCCCGGCAGCGCAGCUGUGGCCGCAGCAGCAGCGGCAGCUAAUAAUGCCGCAAUCGCUGCCUCAUCCAUACAACCCAAGCUGGUCGUUAUACGCAGGCGUCCCAAUCAAGGCUUCGGCUUUACGCUGCGUCAUUUCAUAGCCUAUCCACCGGAAGAUGAUGCCGCCAGCUGGCCCCAGGAAGCAACGAACGCUGGCGGCAGCAGCACCAGCGGCAGCAGCAGCAGCGGUGGUGGUGGUGGGGGCGGUGUCGUUGUUGUUGGUGGCGGUGGCAGCGGCGCUUUGGUCGGCUUGGAGCCAACGUCACCAACGUCGCUGCCGCCAUACCAAGUGAAAGCGAUGGAGACCAUUUUCAUCAAAGAGGUGCAAGUGAACGGACCGGCGCACUACGCAAACCUCCAAACGGGCGAUCGUGUGCUAAUGGUAAACAAUACGCCAAUCGCUGGCAUUGCCUACAGCACAAUUGUCUCAAUGAUCAAACAGACGCCAGCGGUGCUCACGCUGCACGUUGUGCCCAAGGAGUGCGAUGUGCUGCAAAUGCACUAUACAAGCAUUGCGCAUACGCCGGAAUCGAAUCGCUUGACAAUGUCUGCAACGCCGCCAGCGUCAGCAGCAGCAGCGGGAAGCAGCACGUUGACCAAUGGCGCACCCGCCGGCAUCAAGUCGCAAUUUUUGCAACAACAGUUGAUCUCAUAUCCCGCUGUUGUUGCCAGCAGCAGCAGCAGCAGCAACGCCGCUGCAGCCUCCGUAUCGCCGCAUCAUGCGCCAGCGUUGCACGGCGGCAGUCGCUCCGGCAGCAUCACCAGCCAGGCAAGCAGCAGCUCCCAGCAACGACAUCCGGCAAUCUCUAGCGGCGGCAGUCUUGACUUUGGCGACAUUAGCCAUGGACUGCGACAACAUCAUCAGCAGCAGCAGCAACUCUAUCAGCAGCAACAGUUGCUGUCGGGCGCCUUUAUGCGUGCCAAUCAGCCGCCAAAUCUAACAGUAUUAGCCAGCACAUCGACGCGGCAGCCGAAAUCGGCGGCAGCAGCUUUGGGUCAAGCGCUUUAUGCGGCAAAUGCCAGUGGUGGGGCGGCAGCUGCUGCAGCUGGCGGCGGCGCUGGUGGUGACAACAGUGAUCUGAUGAUUAGACUGCGCGAGUCUAUAAAGCAAAAGGAGGAAUUUCUAAAGUCGCCACUGCCAGCGGGAGCAGCAGCAGCAGCAGCAGCAGCGGCGGCGCUAGCGGCAAACGGCAAUCAGUCAUCGCCGCAGUCAGCGCAGUCGACGCAGCAGCAGCAGCAACAUUUCUUUCCAACGCAUAUGCCAGUGGUGCCACCGCGUAGCAGCAACGUGCGGCAGCAAGUGUUGCACAAACAGCAGCAGCAGCAGCAGCAGCAACUUGUGCUUGGCUUCGAUAUGUAUAAUUGCUAUGCAGGCAACAAAUUGGUGCAGCGCGCAGCAGCGCCCCAGCAACAGCAACAACAACAACAACAACAGCAGCAGCUGCUGCAGUCGCGCUCGCUGCCCAACAACAAUGCCAAAUAUCCCAAGGAGCUGGACUACUUUGAAACUUUACAAGAAACUGGGGUAACCAACAAAGUCUUUGAGCGCAAACUGGUCACACACAUGUCCAAGGGCUUUGAUCCCUUCAAGCCGCUCUCCAUCAACACUGAAGCCGCCAGCGGCUCUGGCUCUGGCGGCGGCGGCGGCGGCAACAACAACAGCAAAAAGUCGAGCGUUCUCUAUGAGUCGCUGCAGCAGCAUCCGCUGCAUCAAAUGCACUCCAAGUAUCAACAGCACAGCAGCCACCAGCAGAGCAACAUCGUCGCCGCCAGCACAAGCAGCAGCACCAGCAGCAGCAUGGUCGAUGGCCAGACGAGCAGCCGCAUGGAACUGCACAAGGCGACGCUGGCCAAUGCCACGCUGGACAGCAGCAGCAGCACACACAGCAAAUACAGCAGCGUCAUGCUGGAGCAUCAUGCUCAGCCAGCGGCCAGUUCAGCGCAUACCGUAGCCAGCCUGGCGGACAUUGCCGAGAGCAGAGCUGCUGCCAUUGUUGAGGCCUCCGCUGUCGUCAGCAGCGUCGUGCGUCGCUUUAAGCCGCUCGCCUCGAGCUCCUUCGAUGAGGGUAAGCCCAUGCGUCGCAUCUCCUAUCUGCGUGCCACCAACAAUGAGAACAAUGAGUACGCAGCCGAGUCCACAGUUGUGUCAGCAGAAUCCGCUGGCGCUGGUCAUGCUGCUGCUGCUGUCGUCACAGCGGCGACUGCGGCUGCUGCUGUCGUUGAGCCGCAUAAAACCAAAGCGCUGGUCGAGGAGCAUCCCGAUCCCACCUAUGAUGUCAUUGCUGGCGGCGCUGUGGGCCACGAGUUCAUCGAAACGCCCAAUGGACUGGAGGAUGUGCGUCUAUCCGCGCUGCAUGGCAGUCGACGCGCCUCCAUGAGCAGCGAAAUGCGCAGCAGCAUACACAUUGAUGCGGAGCUGAAUGGCAAGUAUGUGCCCAACGAGCUGGAGGCCUUUGAGACGGAAAUCGAGAUUAAGUCGUCCUGCAUAAAUGGCAAACGCAUGUCGGAGUAUCGCUCAUGGCGACAGGUGAAGCUGGAGAUCAAGGGCGAUCUGCUGCGCAUCUAUUCUGGACGCCAUGGCAAGUCGGAGCAUAAUGUGAUAGAGCUUGAUAUUAGAAAUUUUAAAUUUUUUGACGAGUCGUUGGACAAGAAAAAGUUUCUCAUACGCAUGCAGUCGAAGCCGAGCACCAGUAACGCGCAUUUGGCCACACUGGGCAAUGAGCUGAACCUGGAUGCGUAUGAUGCGCAUGAUAAGUUAACCUCAUCGGGCAGCAGCAGCGCUGCCGAGCCGCAAACGCCGGCGGCGCCUAGCACAAGCUGCGGUCCCUAUACUGAAAUAUUGUUCAAGACGAAAAGCAGCAACGAGAUGAAGCGACUGUUUGGACUGCUGCAGUGGAAGGACAGCCUCAACUAUGAUGAUGAACAGCCAGCGGGCAGGCAGCUGGCGGAGCCGCAGAAAACGGCGGCCACAGCGAGCUAUUUGGAUGAUGUGGUCGGCGGCGCAGCGGACAGCUCACCGCUUAGCUCACACUCGGGCGGGCAGCUGGAGGGCUCCACGGUGUCCACAAUAGCGGCAGCAGCUGCUGGCAACAGCGACUCCAUAUCGCCAGUAAUGAAGCUGCGCAAGCCUUCGGGACACAAGCAUGUGCCAGACAAAGAUUUGGGCUCGCCCAAGUCAAAGAACUGGAAGGAUUUGCUAUUCAGGCGCGGCGGCAGUGGCGGCAGCGCUGGCGUCUCCAGCAGCGAUCUGGCAUCACCUUCAAGCUGCGCUGGCAAAUCUAUUGGCUCCAUUGGCGUGCCACUGCGCGCCUGUCCCAUGUCCAAGCUCAACGCCUAUGUGCCGCAUCUGGUCGAAGUCUGCACCAACAUUGUCGAAACCAAGGGCCUGAGCGUCGUUGGCAUUUAUCGCAUACCCGGCAACAAGGCGGCCAUAUCAGAGCUCUCGGAGCUGGUCAACACCAAGGACUUUCAGUUCGAUAGCUGCGCCACCGAUGUGCGAUGGGAGGACGUCAAUGUGGUUAGCAGUCUGCUCAAGCUUUUCAUACGCAGUCUGCCCGACGCGCUAAUGCCCGCCAGCUUCUACAUUAACUUCAUCGAAGCGGACAAGAAGACGGGCCUGGAGCGCAUUGUGCUGCUCAAGGAGAUUGUCGAGUCGCUGCCACGUCAUCCCUACGAAACAAUGAAGCAUCUCAUACGGCAUCUGUGCCGCGUCAGCGACAACUGCGAGGUCAAUCGCAUGGAGCCAAAGAAUCUGGCCAUUAUCUUUGGCCCAUCCAUAAUACGCACGCCCAACGAUACGCUCGAGACGGCCGUCAAGGAUAUGAAGCAUCAGUGCCGCAUUGUCGAGCUGCUGGUCACGCAGUACGAGUAUUUCUUUGAGAACGGCAGUCUGCCUGAGGUAGCGGAUUUGAGUGGCGCUGCCGCGGCCGCCGCUAGCCCCGCACAGCCGCAACAGACGCAGGAGGAUCAGACGAGCAUGCUGCUGCAUAAUCUCUCCAAGAUUGAGCGCAUCACAGAGCGCGAGACGCGCACCUCACGCUUCAUACCGCAGCUGCGACGACGCACGCACGGCAAACGCAGCGCCGUCAGCUCGGACACCUACUCCGGCGAGAGUGUACUGGUAAGCGGCAAUAACCACAACACCACCACCACCACCACCAACACCACCAAUCCUUUACGCACCCAACAUCAUCAUCACAAUCACCACAAUCAACAUCAUCAUCUUCAUCAUCAGCGCCGGCAAAGCAUUUGUGAUUUUGGCUUAACUCUGCCUGGUGUUCAAUUUCAGUCGCUCGACUAUGCCAAGGUCUCUGCCAGCAGCACCAGCAGCAGCUCCACGCUGCACAGCAGCAGCAAAAACAGCAGCAGCAACAGCCAGACCACCAAACAGCUGAGCAGCUCCACCGUCGCCGUGGCCAGCACCAGCUCCUCGAGCACCUCAAAGAGCAGCAGCUCAAUCACCACCACCACCACCAAGAAGCGCAGCAGCGCCGCUGGUUUCUUAUCAGGCGCCAACUCGCGCAGCGCACAAGCGCGCAAGGCCAGCCUGGACGAGAAGGACUCGGGCAGCAUGGACUCCAGCAGCGGCCUGGGCAAGCAACCGCAGCAGCAGCCGCAGCGCUGCAGCGUCGACAUCUCUAUACUGCUCACUGAUGAUGACUCAAGCAGUCGGCUCAGCGACACGGGCUCCAUGUCGUUGACGACCAUAACGGACACGCUGGACAGCAAGCUGCGAAACUUACGCAGCGGUUCGGAGUCGAACGAUGAGAACGGCUCACCGGAGUUUCCCAAGAAUCGACGCCAUACGCUGGGACAGCCGCUGCACUUGCACUCCGAGAACAUUCCGUAUGCGGACGAGUCGCCGGAGCGGCUCUUCCACAACUUUUGCCCACUGGAUGCGCCGCAUGCGCUGCAUCUGAGCCGCAGCUGCACGGCCACCAACAGUCUGGGCGACACCAAAGACGACACCAAGGAGCGCCAGCAGCUGAAGCUAAAGCCCACGCUGGCUCCGCUGCCCGCCAGUCUGCUCAAAGCAGCGCAUAAGCUGCAGCACUCGGCCACAGCGCCCAUACAUCAAGGCAGCUCCACAGCGCCCACCAGUGGCGCAGCCACACCCACCGCUGGCACUGGCUCCAGCAGCGCCUCAACGCCCACCGCCCAAGGCAGCAGCAGCGCCACCCAGCGCAAUUCCUACGGCAGUCGCAACUUGCGCUUCAGCAGCUUGCUGGCCUACGAGCGCGGCGCCGCUGCUGCUGCCGCUGCCGCCGCUGGCGAGGACGCCGACGAUUCGGAGGGCUCCACCACUAGCGAUCCCAAGGAGAAGCUGCUUCUCUCCACGCCGGCGCCGUCGUUUUUUCACGAGCGCUACAACAAGAAGCGGCGCGACCAUCGACUCUUUCGCAGCGCCAGCUUCAAUUGUCGCAACUACACGACGCGACAUCUGAGCACUAACUGCAGCAGCGCUACCGCAGCCGCUGCCGCCGCCGCUGCUGCCAACGCCAGCUGCUGUUCGCCCUCGUCGCAGUGCGCCGCCGCCGCUGGGCUGACCAAGGACGAGAAGACUGACAUGAAUCUGACCAAGAAGCGUCAGAUACAGAACAAGCAGAAUCGUUCCAUCAAGCGGCGUCAUACGGUCGGCGGCCCACACGAUUAUGCAGCCAAUGCUAGCGUCUGCGCUGCAGCAGCCGCUGCCGCAGUUGCAGCUGGCGUUGACCUCGCUUCGAUCAACUAUAAUCAUCACAAUCGGCAUCAUCAGCAGCAGUUGCUUAAGCUGGGCGGCGCUGCUGCCGCUGCAGCGGGCAAUGGCGCAGCUGCAGCCGAGACAACAACCACAACAACGACAACAACCACAGUGCUGCGUCGCUUGGGCGCAGGCAGCGCUGCUGUUAACGCUGCCGGCGGCAGCAACAGCGCCAGUGAAGUGAACGUUGCAUUGCCAACAGUUGCCAACACUUCGAGCAGCAGCAGCAGCAGCAGUAGCAGCGCUGCCAGCAACAACAACAACUCACCGCUAAGCGAGGGCAGCAAUGGCAAUAACGCUACCGGCGUUGGCAGCAGCAGCUCAACGCAUAGCAGCAGCAGCAGCGUUGCAGCAGCCAACAAUGCAGCUGGCGGCGGCGGCGGCUUAGCUGCUGGCGAUCCAUUGCUAGAGGUGGGCAUACGUAUUAAAAAUAGAGCGCGCUACUAAAGCAACCGAGCGAGAGAGAGCGUGAGCGUGAGGGCGAGCGAGAAAGCAGGAACGUGAACGAACAAGUAAAGCAAGCAGGCGAAUUGAGCAAGCGCAUGGCAAACAGCAACAAAAGGAAAACAAAACAAAUGAAAAACAACUCUAGUAUUAGCUGCAAAGUAUAUAUCACAUAUACCUAUAUAUAUAUAUAUAC